AUGAUCGAAAAGGAAGGAAAAAAUGUCUAUUCCUGUCAAGAAAGCCUGUCGAAAACGUCGAGGCCGGGAAGUGCCGCAUUGGGAAAUACAGAUGCAAUGCGCGCGAGUUUACGAAAUUCUCGCAGGAGUUUCUCCGUUCAUGUGCGGCUGGUUCUACGGUGGGUGCAUGGGUUUAUUGAUGCGGCAAUUAUCGCGGGAUCUCCGUAUCGAGAACCUCGAUUUGUUUGCAAAUUACCGGAAGCGGGCAAGCAGAGCUGCGCGAGGUGUGGGUGCUCCCAGCGAUAUCUUGUUUACACCAGUCCGUUUCAGGAAGCAUGUUUUGUUGUAGCAGUGACGUAA